AUGCUCUGGAUCACUGCCUUUUUACUCAAAAUUACUUACUAACAAACUCUUUUUUACUCUGCAUUCACUGACACUACUUUGACAAACUCUGAAAAUUGGUCAUUUGUUGGAGCUGACCCUCUUAGUGUCAUCUAACUAUGUGGUACUUAUAGCAUUGUAGGAGGAUUCGAAAAAUUUUCACAUGGAGUGGCUGCUACUAAUUUCAUUUAAUUACCUCCACAUUAUAAAAUUAUAAUUACAGUCACUUUUUUUGUAAUUGAUACUUGGGAUGUUAAUGAAUAUUGCCAUUUGUACGUGGAUGAGAACUUAGUGUUCAAUUAAGCAUACAUGUAUUAAUAAGGCCAAGCUCACAUUUGUGGCUAAACAGGGAAUAAUCGAUAAGAUUCUAUCCAAGAGAUCUAAGUGGAAUUUUUGCAUAGCGGAGCAACGGCAUUCAUUGAAUUAACCACUACAUUAGAUUAAAUUCCUUUUGAUGUAUAAAAAUUCUUAAAGUAGGAAUCUUGGGGAUUUAGGAAUUUCAGACUUUUCCUUUACUUAUGUCCAUCUGGCUGUCUUACUUGCACUUACGACAAUUCUUAGGCAGAAUGUCAAACCUGGAUCAUCACUAACUCAUUUUAUACUGACAUCCAAUACAGCUCGUUUUCAACAAGUGGGUGGAAUGUUCUCAAUGGAGAUUAGACAAAAUAAUAAUGCUCAAUGAUUCCAUCUGUUUGCGGUUAUGGUGUAUGUGGGAAAGACACACAACUGACUAUUAACUUUGUUUAGCUGCCAUUCCACACAAGAAUGAAAAUUAAAUUCAAAUAUCUCAAAAUAGAUAGUUGGGAAUUAAGUGAUUAGGCUAUAUUAUAUGUGAAUCAAAAUCUUAGAUGGAAAGCAAGCUUAUCUGUAUUUGACUAAUAUUUAUAUGGAGUAUGUGGUGGAUCAGCUUAAGAAAGUUUUAUCAAUGUCGAGCUUACCUUUCCACAUCAUUUAACAUUCUCAACAAUCACUUUUUCAAAUACAUUAGAUUAAGCUAUGACUGAUGAAUCAUUUGGAAUUAGAGACAUCGAAAUUUUUGUGCAAUAAUCAAUAUGUGGAGAUAAAAUUGUUGAAGAAUAUGAAUAAUGCGAUGAUGGCAAUUUGGAGCCAUUUGAUGGAUGUUUCAAUUGUGUUUAUUCUUGUGCAGAUGGAUGCUCAAUUUGUAAUUAAGGGACUUGUCUAGGAUGCUAUUCUGGUUGGCUUUAUAUAAGAUACGCAUCAACUUGUGAAAAAAUUUCUGUGAUUACUUAGGUAAUCUAAGACACACCUAUUGAUUAAUCUUAAUCAACUUGCUAUGAUUAUAUAGAAGGGUGUUAAGAAUGUUUAGGCGGAACCUGCAUUUUAUGUAAAUAAGGAUACUAAUUGAAACAUGAAGCAAACGGUUGUUAAUCUAUUUGUGGAGAUAACAUAGUAACAAUCGAUGAGGAAUGCGAUGGAUAGAACUGUAGUUAGUGUAAAUUCUAUUGCCCAGACUAUUGCGAAAUUUGUGAGUUUGGAGUUUGUGAAGUAUGUUAACAAGGGUAUUACUUAUCAAAUAAGCAAUGCAGAAAAUAAGAGACUGUAAGUUUAUGUUAAUCCCAAUGUGAACUUUGUAUAGAUAGUGUUUGCUACAAAUGUCAAUAUGGACACAAUCUUGUUUUGGGAUAGUGUUAAGAGAUUUGUGGUAACAAUAGUUUAUCAGUUUAUUCUCUUGAUGAGUGUGCUUGUAAUCCUUAAUGCUCUGAUUGUAGAUUUGGAUUUUGUUUUUAAUGCAGUGAAUCCUACUAAUUAUUAAAUAAUACAUGUAUAAGUAAAUGCGGGGAUAAGAUUGUUUAAGCAUAUGAGGAAUGUGAUGAUGGGAAUGAAUUAGAAUUCGAUGGGUGUUACAAUUGCCAAUUUUCUUGUACUUUAAAUUGCCAAAACUGUUAAAAAGGUAUUUGCACAGAUUUAUGUUAAUAUGGUUAUCAGCUUGUUAAUAAUAUUUGCAUGACAAUUUGUGGAGAUAUGAUAGUAGCAGGGACUGAAUAAUGUGAGGAUAACAAUAAUAUUAAUCAUGAUGGAUGUUAUUAAUGUUAUUAUUCAUGUCCACUUGAUUGCAGUGAUUGUAUAAAUGGGCAAUGUUUAAAGUGUGAUGCUGGAUUUGUGUUGUAUGACAAUGUUUGUACAAACAUCUGUGGAGAUGGAAUCCUAUCCAAUUUAGAAUAGUGUGACGAUGGAAAUCAAAGCGAUGGAGAUGGGUGUUCAUCAGAUUGCUUUGUAGAAAGUAAUUGGAUUUGUAAAGUUGACGGUGAUUGCACAUACGUUAAAUAUCCAACUAUCAUUUCUGAAUAUCUAAUGCAGAAGAACCAAUAUCAAUAUGUUUAAUUAUCAUUCUCUUAACCAGUAUUCAAGUAAUCAAGUCUCAACUAUUUAUAAACUAUCAAAACAGCAAUUGUUGAUUUGAAUGAAACCUUAUUCAAUAUUACAAUAAUGGAAGUUUAGGCUGCAUUGUAGGACAAAGCAACAGAUGUACAAUAUGUGUUGUAAAUUGAAAUAUUCCAGAGCCUAGACUACUACCCAAUCUUAUAAAUUAUGUUGACUGAGCAAUUAUAUAACGAUAAUCAAGCUCCGUUGAUGUAUAUGAUCGAGUAUUUGUAAUUGAAGUAGCCAAAUUAUAUAACUGAGGAAUAGGUAUAAAUUGCCAGUACUUUCCAAUAAAUAAAUGAAGUUUCAGUUAAAUCGUUAUGUCUCCUCACUAUUUUACUAAUGCUGUUAGGGAAUACCCUCUCUUUUUGGGGGAUCCUAGAUGCCCUCUAGGAGCAAUCAUAUCUCAAAUACAUUAAUGUCUUAUAUCCAUAAACAUUAAUAAUAUAUUUCUCCUCAAGUUAGGUGGUAUCAGUUUAACCAGCUUUAAAUGCUAUUACACCUUACACAAACGAAGGUAGAUUCCUGCAGUUCCCUUAUUUGUCCUCCUAUGAAAAGUUUGAGUUUUAUGAAGUUAAUGCUGAUAUUGCAGAAGGCUUUAGAGCAGAAGUACUGGUCUUUGGCACUCUUUUUGGUUUUUACUUGGGUACUUUAUUUGCAGUCAAGAUCCUCUCAAAAUUGGAACAUUUGGAAUUCUUGUAGAAUCAGCCUAAAUUAAUUAGGCUUAUCUAAAAAGUAAAGAGAAAAGUGAAUGCUAAAGUGAGAAAUGCGAAAGGAGAAUCUUGGAAAGAUACCUUACGUGCUUGUACUUGGGAUCUAAUAUUUAUGGCAUUAUUGGAAUUAUAAACUCCACACAAUUAUUAAUCUGCAAGAUCAUUUAUUUGUAUUUUUAUUGCUAUUUCAAUUCUAAUCACAACUCUAGUUAUACUGUUGAAUUAAGUCUCAGGACUGAAAUCAUGGAAAAAACAAAACUUCCGUCAAUUUUGGCAAUAAAAAAGAGAUAUCUUUCAAAUUACUAAAAAAAUACUCAUUCUCUUAAUCCUAGUAUUCUUUUAAUACGAAUAAGAACUUUAAACGAUGAUUCUAACUUUGAUUAACGUUUUUUACUUGUUGUAUGUAAUCUAUUUCAAGCUUUUCGAAGAUAGUUUAGAAUAUGUCAAAUCGAUUGUAAUGGAGACUUCAUUAGUGAUAUUCACAGCUUCAACAUUUGUGAACUGGAAUAUCGUUUCUAAAUAUCUUCAGUACAGUCAGAGAAUCAAUAUUGCUUGGAUAUAGAUGUCAGUCUUGGUUAGCGUCUUAAUCAUCUUUAUUUUCAUCGAGUUAUACAACACUUACUAGUUGGUAAGGUAGAAAAUUAUGGAAUCUAGAGAAAAGAAAUAGCAAUAACUUGAAAAGGAAAGACAAUUAUCAGAAGUGAAGAUUACAGAUCAAAAGGAAGAACUUUCGAAUAGUGAUAAUCUAGUAAAAAAGGAGAAGACCAUCUUUUAUAGAGCGCGUUUUCAUAGCAGACUUCAACCAUAAAAAAUUUGA